AUGAGCGACAAGCCCGACAUCUCCGAGGUGACCAGCUUCGACAAGAACAAGCUGAAGAAGACCGAGACCCAGGAGAAAAAUGCAAUCCAUCCAUCAAAAUCUACUGCCAUAAAACAGGAAAGAAAGAAAACAGGACAAAAUCAUACAAAGUACACGAAAAUGGUGUUCCAAACCACAAAAAAGGGAAAUGAUUAA